CGUCCACCACCGCAUUCCACGUCCCCACGUAGAGCCUCUUUCGAUCGGCUAGACACGGUCGCAUACCUACAGCUACCCUAGGACAACUACCUACCGCACUCCCUUCCACCUGCGACUGCUCCUCCUACUCGCCGUCGCUCUGGCCACGAGUCAUCCCAAUCGUUGGUUCGCGCUUCCUAUAGGCCUGCCCGCGCCCGCGGAUAUGCUACGGGACACCGGUCAAUAUGGCAACGACCAAGAUGAGACUCGUCAACUGGCUUGACGACUUAUGCGUGCGUUUCAUCAUAAACCUACCCCAAGAAGAGCUCACCUCAGCCGAAAGAAUAUGUUUCCAGGUGGAGGAGGCACAAUGGUUCUACGAGGACUUUAUACGGCCCUUGGACCCAACCCUGCCGUCUAUGAACCUCCGGAAGUUCUCUCUCCUGAUAUUUCAACACUGCCCGCUACUGUCGCCAUUCUCCGGCGAAAUGCACGAGGCCGCGUACAAUGAGUUUCUGGCCUACAAGACACGGGUGCCCGUCCGAGGUGCAAUCAUGCUGAACGAUAGAAUGGACCACGUAGUGCUUGUGAAGGGUUGGAAGAAGGGCGCGCGAUGGAGCUUUCCCCGGGGCAAGAUCAACAAAGACGAAAGGGACCUGGACUGCGCCAUACGUGAAGUUUAUGAGGAAACGGGAUUCGACAUUCAAGAGGCCGGUCUUGUUCAGGACGAAAAGGAGAUGAAAUAUAUUGAAGUUUCGAUGCGCGAGCAGCAUAUGCGGCUGUAUGUUUUCAGAAAUGUUCCCAUGGAUACCCACUUUGAGCCCAGGACAAGGAAGGAAAUCAGCGCGAUUGACUGGUACAAGUUAUGGGACCUGCCGACGCUCAAGAGGCAGAAGCAAGUCCAGGCCAUGGCCGAGCCCGCAUUGAAGGACUCGAUGUUCUACAUGGUUGCCCCCUUUUUGGGACCAUUGAAAAGCUGGAUCAAGCAGCAGCACAAGCUCGACCGCGCCAGGGCUGCACAAGGCCACGUAGCUGUCGAGACAGACGUGGAAGAUGUCGGCACUGCGGACGAGUCUGGUGCACUUCACAAUUAUCUUGGAGGAACAGAGACCGAGUCUGAGGAUCCACCUCCACAACACCAGGAUGGCCAUUUCAGCAAUUUAUUGGCUGGACUACGAUAUCCACCGACUGCACCUGCUGCAGCCAUCGUGCCCGAAAUGCCCGCGGAGCAACCUACACUGGACGCAGCAGACGCUCUGAAACGCAUGCUGAGUAUCAAUGCUCCGGCCAUGGCAGCCCAACAACUACAGUCGAGUCAGCCUCCAGCGCAUACUAACCCUCUGCUCGCUCUCUUCCAGGGAAAUCAAGCAACUGUACCUGUUUCGAGACCCGAGCCUCCACCAAGGACGCCUCUAGAUCAGAUCAACAACGUACCUCAAGAACCUCAGACUCCGCAGCAAUACCACCCACGGCCCCCUUCAUCGUCGAGCAUGCCACCUAUACAGCCCUUUCCCUUCACGCAGACUCCACCACAGUACCCACCACAAGCCGUAUCAAGACAGUACAAUCGGCAGCUUAACCCAUCAUAUGGCUCACAACAUCGGGGACAGAACGGGGCUCUGCCUUUCGGUUCCGGAUACCAGCGCCAGCCUAUGGUUCCGGGUAUGCCCACGCAUUCAACCUCUCAGUCUUCUCCUAUGGCACCACGCAUGGCUCAAGAUGGCCCGAAGCCAUACCAAAGAACAGGCGAUCCUCAAUUUUCUCAGAGUGCGCAGUCGACGGAGGUGCAUGAAGCCAUGGGUCCUCCAGCUUCCAAGCUGCCUGCACCAAAACUCAAUGCACAUUCGAUAUCACUGCUCAAAGCAUUCAAAGGACAGGCUGCGAAGCCAGCCCCCAAGCUGGCAGAUGAGGCACAAAGAGCUGCACAGGUGUACAGCCAGAUCAGACGACCAUCUACUCAUCAAAAUUUGUCUAGCCCGAUCCAUGUGGUCAGUCCACAGACUCGACCCUCUGCUCAUAUCACAUCCCCUGAGAAGGGUAUUGUGAAGCCUAAUGCCAAUGCCCACCAAGAUGCUCUUCUAAAUCUCUUCCGAGCCCCCUCUACCUCUGUGGCAUCUCCACCAUCAACCUCAGUCAACAAUCUACAAGCAUCAGGACCCGUCGAGCUUUCAGCCCUGCCCAGCCCUGGCAUCCCACCCCGUUCCAAUCCGCUCCCUAAACAAGCUUCGAAAUUGGCGAUAUCUACAAACGCUGAUCAUUUUAUGAACAUGAGACCAGGCCUUACUUCCGCAACAGUAUCCGGACCUUUACAUGCUCCAGAUUUUGAAAUUGUCCGCAAUAAAAGCAGAGGAGCAAGCCCAUCAGAAUCGAAAGGAGCACCUGCAGGCCUCACGACAUCUGCUGCUGAUGAGGGCAUUACGGCCCCAUUUGCGCCCAUGUCGAUUCUUCAGCGUCCGAAAGGCAGUGAUCCGCUACCACGAGCGUCCAGAUCGCCGCCUGUUCCAGUUCAUACGGUUUCGCCAAAGACACAGUUGCAACAGCCUGUGCCAAAGCCGUUCCAGCCACAGAUAUUGCGCCGACCUCAACCGUCACCGAGCCCAUCUAUAUCGACACCGCAAGCCCAGGCCCAUAAGCCGCCCGUGCAGCCAGCGUCUCCCGCGCAGCAAUUCGACAGGCGAGAGAGCCUACCAAAGGAACAGAAGAGCGCUCUGCUAUCCUUGUUCAGCGGCACACCGGUGGUGCUGAAGUCUCAGCGGCAAAUGCCACCUCCGCCCCGGCCUCUGCAGCAGGCAUCCAUCUUCUCUGAUAUCGUCAGCCCUGUGAGCCCACUACCGGAGAAGCAGGUUAGUCGGCCAACGCUGCCGGUAGACCAGAGAAGCAGAAUCAGCAGCAUAGCUUCGAUAUCCCUGGGCGACGGAGGUCUUGGUGAGAAGGCUGCUAAGACAGCUACGGCGUCUCCAGUCACUCCUGUGGAUCGCAACUUCUUGCUUGGAUAUUUACAGGGUGUUGCGAAAGGUCAGAAAUGAGUUGUUGUUACGUGUGUGUAUAGUUAGGUCUGCGUUGUGAUCCGGAGAGGGUGGGUGCAGAAUCUUAUAGUUUGCUUGAACAUAGGCAUCAGGGAAUGUACAAUCAAGAAUUCCAUCUCAAGCGUUUAGCAUUCGUUGC